GUGACCCAAUACCUCAUCCAUGCUUUCAGAGCUGCUGUAGUCAUUCUCACUGUUUGGAGGGUUUUGCUUGCGCUUGCAUUUACGCAUUUUUCUAAGUACUUUCUUGAAGAUGGAUGCUGUUGACAGGUCUGCUGAAACCAAGUAUGAGUGCUUGCUCUUCGAUAUGGAUGAUACUCUGUACCCUUUGAGCUCAGGCCUCAAUCUGGCUUGCCGGAAGAAUAUCGAAGAGUUCAUGCUCCAUAAGUUGCAUAUCGAGGAAAGUGAAGUUCCAAGGAUGUGCUUGGAACUGUACAGGGAACAUGGCACCACAAUGGCUGGUCUAAAGGCUCUGGGUUAUGAAUUUGACAAUGAUGAAUUCCAUGCAUAUGUUCAUGGAAGGCUGCCUUAUGAAACACUGAAACCGGAUCCUGUAUUGAGAAAUCUCCUACUUUCCAUGCCGCAGCGCAAAAUUAUCUUUACCAAUGGAGACAAAGCGCAUGUAGACCAAGUUCUGAGCAGGCUGGGGUUAGAAGAUUGCUUUGAAGGCAUAAUAUGCUUCGAAACUCUCAACCCUGCUCUUGAGCCUAUUAUGGAUCAGUUAGAUGGUGAUUCAGUGCAGGCAGAAGGUGACAUAGAGGUUGACAGCCAAAUUGGCAGCAACAUUGUAAGCUCCAAGACGCGAAUCCUCUGUAAACCCUCAGUGGAAGCCAUUGAAGCAGCAAUCAAGAUAGCAGAUGUUGAUCCCAGCAAAACAAUUUUCUUUGAUGACAGUGCUCGAAACAUUGCUAGUGGGAAAGCAGCAGGACUACAUACAGUCAUUGUGGGGAGCUCAGUGUUGGUGCCUGGUGCAGAUCAUGCCCUGAGAAGCAUUCACAACAUCCGAGAAGCCUUACCCGAGAUAUGGGAGGGUCAAGAAGGAGAACAGUUGGAGCAAGUCAUCCAGUCCACGGCCGUCGAGACCGUGGUCCUUGCAUAGAUCCAUCUUUUCUAGUAUCAACCAAUCGGGCAAAGUGCCCGACAUGUCUUGAAAGCCUUUUAACUAAAACUCUGAAUCUGAUGUUUUACUCAGUCAUCACUUAGGGGGAUACAUCCUAAUCAACUCACAGAAUGGUCAGAAUAUCAAGUGCUUUUCCUUUUCCUUAUGAGUCUGUAACUAGUCAAUAUGUUGUGGCCCGGAUGACAGUGGAAAAUGGUUCUACUUA